CAAAAGCCACUCCAUUCCUUCUCAAACCCCUUCUUUCUCUCUAACUAGUAACUACUAACCUUCACUAAGCUCACUCACACAAAAAAGAUGAUGAUGAGCCAAAAUGCCAAUGAAGAAGCACCAAACAGUACUACUACCAAAGAAGAAGCAGUGCCUGAAAUGGCCACCAACACUACUCAAAAGGUUCCUUUUGCCAAGCUCUUCGCCUUCGCCGACGGUUGGGACUACCUCCUCAUGACCAUUGGCUCACUCGGAGCUUGUGCUCAUGGUGCUUCCGUCCCCGUCUUCUUCAUCUUCUUCGGCAAACUCAUUAACAUCAUCGGCAUCGCUUAUCUUUUCCCAACCACUGUCUCUCACCGUGUCGCAAUGUAUUCACUGGACUUUGUUUAUCUUGCUACUGUCAUAUUGUUUUCUUCAUGGGCAGAGGUGGCUUGCUGGAUGCACACCGGAGAACGACAAGCGGCGAAGAUGAGGCUGGCGUAUCUCCGGUCGAUGCUUGAUCAGGACAUAGCUUUGUUCGACACUGAAGCGUCUACCGGCGAGGUCAUUGCCGCAAUCACUGGUGAUAUCAUUGUUGUUCAAGAUGCAAUAUCUGAAAAGGUUGGCAAUGUGAUGCACUACCUAAGCCGGUUCCUCGCCGGUUUCGCCAUCGGUUUUGUUCGUGUAUGGCAAAUAAGCCUUGUAACACUCUCGAUCGUCCCUGUCAUUGCCAUUGCCGGAGGCGUCUAUGCUUACACUGCCACCGGCCUCAUUGCUAGAGUGCGUAAGUCUUAUGUCAGAGCCGGAGAGAUUGCCGAAGAGGUGAUUGGGAAUGUUCGCACGGUGCAAGCAUUUGUCGGAGAAGAGAAGUCGGUGAAAAUGUACAAAGAUGCAUUGCUAAAGACAUAUGAAUACGGGAAAAAAGCCGGGCUUGCAAAGGGACUAGGACUUGGCACGGUGCAUUGCGUCCUCUUCUUGUCAUGGUCGUUGCUCGUGUGGUUCACUAGUAUCAUCAUUCAUAAGGGCAUCUCUAAUGGUGGAGAAUGCUUCACGACCAUGCUCAAUGUAGUUAUAGCCGGCUUAUCAUUAGGCCAGGCGGCGCCGAGCAUAUCUACGUUUGUGAGAGCAAGAGCAGCUGCAUAUCCGAUAUUUGAGAUGAUCGAAAGGAAUACGGUGAGCAAGUCGAGUGCAAAGAGUGGGCAGAUACUCGAAAAUGUCAAUGGCCAUAUUCAGUUCCGCAAUGUCAAGUUCAGUUAUCCUUCUCGUCCUGAUGUUAUCAUCUUCAAUGGCCUCAAUCUUGAAAUUCCAUCAGGAAAGAUUGUCGCACUUGUAGGCGGUAGCGGCUCGGGGAAGAGCACCGUCAUCUCACUUAUUGAAAGGUUCUACGAGCCUCUCUUCGGAUCGAUACUCUUAGAUGGACACAACAUUAAGGACCUUGAGCUCAAGUGGUUGAGGCAGCAAGUGGGGUUGGUUAAUCAGGAGCCUGCUCUUUUUGCGACGACUAUUCGGGAGAACAUUCUCUAUGGCAAGGAUGAUGCAACUCUUGAUGAAAUUACCCGUGCCGCCAAGCUUUCAGAGGCAAUAACUUUCAUCAAUAAUCUCCCUGAUCGGUAUGAGACUCAGGUUGGCGAGCGAGGAGUUCAGUUAUCUGGAGGGCAAAAACAACGCAUUGCAAUAGCAAGAGCAAUACUUAAAAACCCGACAAUUCUCCUGCUUGAUGAGGCGACUAGCGCACUCGAUGCAGAAUCUGAGAAGAGUGUUCAAGAGGCACUUGACAGAGUCAUGGUCGGCCGAACAACCGUCAUGAUUGCUCAUAGAUUAUCGACAAUAAGGAAUGCAGACAUGAUCGCUGUUGUUCAAAGUGGAAAGAUAAUAGAAACUGGUACACAUGAGCAACUAAUGUCCAAUCCUCGAUCAUCUUAUGCUUCACUUGUUCAGCUUCAAGAGGCAGCUUCCGUUCAUCGAGCUGCGCCUUCUGACAGUAUCAGCAUGAGCAGGCCUUUGAGCAUGAAGUAUUCGAGAGAAUUAUCGAGUAGAGCAGGGAGUUUCGGUGCUAGUUUUCGAUCAGAUAAAGACUCUGUUAGCAGAUACAUUGCUGAAACAAGUGAAGAAGUGAAGAUGAAGUAUGUUUCUUUGAAGAGACUAUACUCAAUGGUUGGCCCAGAUUGGAUUUUCGGUCUUUUCGGCACUUUAGGUGCCUUUGUGGCUGGCUCUCAAAUGCCAUUGUUUGCACUUGGAAUAACACAAGCUCUGGUUUCAUACUACAUGGAUUGGGAAACCACACAGAGGGAAAUUAAAAAGAUAGCAAUUCUUUUCUGUGGUGGUGCAGUCGUUGCAGUAAUGUUUUACACCAUUGAACAUCUUAAUUUUGGUAUCAUGGGUGAGAGACUCACACUCAGAGUCAGAGAAAGGAUGUUCGCAGCUAUAUUGAAGAAUGAAAUCGGAUUUUUCGAUGAUAUGAACAACGCAAGUGGAAUACUUUCUUCUCGUCUCGAGACCGAUGCGACUCUUCUUAAGACCAUUGUUGCCGAUAGAUCAACAAUUCUCCUUCAAAAUGUAGGAAUGAUUGCAACCUCAUUCAUCAUCUCAUUCAUCUUGAAUUGGAGACUAACUCUUGUCAUGUUGGCUACGUAUCCAUUGAUGGUCAGUGGCCAUAUCAGUGAGAAACUAUUCAUGCAAGGAUAUGGAGGGAAUCUGAGCAAGACAUACUUGAAGGCGAACAUGCUAGCGACGGAGGCGGUAAGUAAUAUAAGAACGGUGGCGGCAUUCUGUUCGGAGAAGAAGGUGAUUGAUUUAUAUGCGGGCGAGCUCGAGGAGCCAUCGAAGCAUUCGUUCCGGCGAGGACAAGCGGCUGGGAUAUUUUACGGUGUAUCUCAAUUCUUCCUCUUCUCCUCAUAUGCUUUGGCAUUGUGGUAUGGAUCAGUGUUGAUGGCAAAAGAAUUGGCAAGUUUCAAGUCAGUUAUGAAGACAUUCAUGGUGAUGAUUGUGACUGCAUUGGCCAUGGGAGAGACCUUGGCAAUGGCUCCUGAUCUAAUUAAAGGGAAUCAAAUGGCAAGUUCAGUGUUUGAAGUGUUGGAUAGGAAGAGUGAGAUUGUUAGUGAUGAUGGUGAGGAUGUUGGGAGAAUUGAAGGUGUUAUUGAGAUGAGAGGAGUUGAAUUCAGUUAUCCUUCAAGGCCUGACAUUUUAAUCUUCAAGGAUUUCAAUCUUAAAGUUAAAUCAGGCAAAUCCAUGGCUUUGGUUGGUGCUAGUGGUUCAGGAAAGAGCUCUGUUCUUUCUCUCAUUCUCCGAUUCUACGAUCCAACUACUGGAAAAGUUUUAAUUGAUGGGAAAGAUAUCAAGAAGAUGAAGUUAAAGUCACUGAGGAAGCAUAUUGGGUUAGUUCAACAAGAACCGGCAUUGUUUGCGACCUCAAUAUAUGAAAACAUUCGAUACGGUAAGGACGGAGCAACCGAGACGGAGAUCAUUGAAGCAGCCAAGCUUGCAAAUGCUCAUUCAUUCAUUAGUGCAUUACCUGAAGGUUUCUCGACUAAAGUGGGGGAGAGAGGAGUUCAACUCUCCGGUGGGCAGAAGCAGCGUGUCGCAAUUGCUAGAGCGAUCAUAAAAAACCCGGCUAUCUUGUUGCUUGAUGAAGCUACAAGCGCACUCGACGUUGAGUCAGAGCGCAUUGUUCAGCAGGCUCUUGAUAGAGUUAUGAAGAACCGGACUACAGUCAUGGUUGCGCAUCGAUUGUCAACUAUUCAAAAUGCCGAUGUGAUUUCGGUGUUGCAAGAUGGCAAGAUCAUUGAACAAGGCAAUCAUUCAACUUUGGUUGAGAACACAGAUGGAGCUUAUUUCAAGCUCAUCAGUUUGCAGCAGCAGCAACAACAGCAGAGGUAGCAAUUUACUGUAUAACAAUACGACAAUUCAGUAAAAUGUGCGUAUUUAAUUACAUCUAUAUAUAUACAUAAGUAUGCUUGAAUGCAAAUAAAUUGUAAGUGCGAUCGAUCUAUUGAGUCGUAAGAAACCGAUUUGUGUUUGUUGUUAAAAUAACAAUCAUACAUCAGAUUCUUUCUGCAUGAUAAACCACAGACUUGACAUUGUGAAAAUUUGACAAAAUUGGAUG